AUGCAGCCCGAGGCGUCUGCGCCCGACCCCAGCGCCGUUGGGGCUUCAUCGCCACCCCUCACUCCUUUCCGACACCCGCAGCCGCUUACGGCCGCCGACGGCGAGGACCGCCUCCGCCUCCGCCGCAAGCUCAGUCCGAGCAUGAUUAGCCUGCAUAUCAAAACGCCGUACGCAGAGCUCGGCGCCAGCACCCCCAUCUCAUGGGAAGUGCCGACGACCAUGUCGGUGGGAGCGGCGAAAGACGCUCUCGCAGACGGAUCGGCAGGCUUCGGCGCAUGGGAGCGCGAUGGGAUGCGCCUAAUCUGUCGGGGUCGAAUGCUCGAGGACUUUGAGAUACUCGGCCGCGCGCUGCCCAAGGGCGAGACACCCACGCUGCACCUCGUCGCCCGCCCGCAGAAGAACGCUGCCCCCUCCCCUCCGGCUUCUGUGCCCGCUGUCUCGGACGCCCCGACUAGAACCGCUUCGCCACCUGCCCCUCAGCCGUCUGCCACUGCCGCUGCGCUGGCUGACACUGUACACUACCUCCUGUUCGCUGCGCGUGAACACCUCUGCGCAUUGCUCGGACAGCAAAACAUCGCCUGGGACGACAUGCACCCCGCCCCGACUGUCGAGCGCCGAGUCGCACGAGAAGCUGUCGCAAGCGUCCUUCGCUCAAUGGCUCCCGGCUCUGGCUGGGAGGCAGUGCUAGAAGGCGACGACGGCGAUCUGCGUGCGGUCUGGACCGGUCUUGGCGAGAAGGGCGUGCGUUCCGAGAUUGAAUCGCUGUGGAAAACGGCGACUGGUCGACCCUAUGCCGCUGAGGGCGAUUCCACGCCUGUUGAGUUUGACGAGAAGACCGUCACUCUGAACCUGCCUUCAUCGGGCAUGGUUCCGUCGCAGUUGACGCAUCUCCUCCUCUAUCUGCGCCUGACCGUGCUUCUCCCGCAUCUGACCGACUCGCUCCAGGCCGCCCAGUCGCCCUCCACCACGACUGCGCUGCCUUCAUACUCGCAACGGGUCAACCAGUCCCCUCCGGCGGCGCCUGGUGGGUCUUUGACACCUACUCUCACUGGGCCGUCGAGCGGCGCGCCGAGCGGAUCCGGCAACCAACGUGCCGAGCGUGCGCUGGAGCAGCGCGAGGGUCGCCGCCGUCGUCGGGACCGCGACGACGUCGUCGUGCGCGAGUACGGCGCCGACGGCGAGAUCCAACCGGAGCGUGAGCGUGAGCCCCGACGAGAGCGCGAACGGGAGCGUGAGCGCCGUCGAGGCGGCGCAGGAGCGAGACGCCAAGCGCCCGCCCCGCCGCGCGAGAGCGAUUGGGUCCGCCUCCCGCUCUACCAUCUCGAUGUGGAUAACCGGCAACUGCGCCUGCCUCCGAGCGCGCUCGAGAUUCCGCAAGGAGCGAACGGCAUGCCCGGCCCGACGCCUGUGCCCGACCUGCGCCGCGCGCCCGCGACCCAGCCGGGAUGGUUCAAGACACACAUCCUCCUGCCACUGUAUCUCUGGUUCCUGACGCUUAUUCCGGACUUUGAGGUGCGGCGCGCUCGCGCAAUCAGGCAGAGGGAACGGGCCAUCCGCGCGCUGGUCAAUGAGCGCCGCGGCCAGUCUGCGAAUGUGCCGGAAGGGCAGAGCGCAGAGACGCAGAGCCAGUGGCUGCCUGAUGGUAUCUCGCCCACGGCCAAGAGGUACUAUGAGCGCGUCAUUGCGCGCCCCGAGUCGAUCGACUGGGACGAGGAGCGCGAGGCGCAGCGCGCCAUGGACCUGCCUGAUGAGGAGGAGCAGGAGGAGCGCUUCGCCAUGUUGUAA